AUGGCAUCCUCCCCUGCUGCUGUAUCUUACCGUCCUCGACAGAAAAAGAAGCUUCCAACAUCGCUCUCCGGGUCCAACAAUAAUGAUCUGAUUCUCGAACCGGGCUCGCCACAAGCAUCUCCUGCUUUUCCGCUCGUUUCUUUCAUGUGGUCUGCCCGUGGAUCGACUUCGCAAUGGCUUAUUUUGCCAUUGAUUCUUAUGGCGGUGGGCUUCGAGUCUCCUCCUAUGCACGGCGAUUUUGAGGCGCAAAGGCAUUGGAUGGAAUUGACGAUCCAUCUACCAAUUACGAAAUGGUACUUCUAUGACCUUCAAUACUGGGGCCUCGACUAUCCGCCGUUGACAGCUUACCAUAGCUGGUUGCUGGGGAAUAUAGGCUCGUGGGUCAACCCAGCUUUCUUCGCGCUCGACACAUCGCGGGGCGUCGAGGAUCCCCUCCUGAAGCUUUACAUGCGCGCCACUGUCAUUGUAUCCGAAUACCUUAUUUACAUCCCAGCUGUUGUAUUAUUCGGGCGUCGAUACGGUCGUCUUCUCGGAGUACCAAUGUGGUCAACUUCAAUUGCUUUGACUGCCAUAUUGAUGCAGCCUGGAACUAUUCUCAUCGACCAUGGUCACUUCCAGUACAACACGGUGAUGUUAGGCUUGAUGGUAGCCAGUAUAGAAAGUAUACUGACUGGAAGACUGCCGCUGGCAUGUGGCUUCUUUGUCGCGGCCUUGUGCUUCAAACAGAUGGCACUGUACUAUGCACCGACCAUGUUUUCUUUCCUUCUGGGAAGCUGCCUCUUCCCUCGUAUAAGAAUUGGACGCUUUUUAUUGAUCGCUCUAUCAACGGUGGCAGCUUUUGCCAUCAUUCUUCUGCCAUUAGUUGCGGCAUCCGUGAUUGACUGGACUAAUGGAAUUCCGCCCUCUGGGACCUUACCGGUAUUUCUCGCAGAUUUACCGAUCAAACUAGAUGGGAAUUCUUGGUACUACGCAUCGCUCCUCCAGCUCGGCCAGCUUGUCCACCGCAUAUUCCCCUUUGCGAGAGGUUUAUUCGAAGACAAAGUCGCAAAUGCCUGGUGUGCCAUCCACACGUUUUACAAAUUGAAUCGGUUUCCCUCGUCGCUUUUGCAGCAGGCAUCACUUGCCGCCACUCUCGCGUCGAUUUCCAUCCCAUGUCUUGUGAUCCUCCGUUAUCCUCGGCCACAGCUCUUAUUGCUUGCCCUCACUAGCUCUGCGUGGGGCUUCUUCCUGUGCUCUUUCCAGGUACAUGAAAAGAGCGUUUUGCUGCCCUUACUUCCAAUGACGCUUCUCCUGAACGUUGAUGGGGGAUUGAACAAGGUGAACCGUGCAUGGAUUGGUUGGGCCAAUAUUCUUGGGGCAUGGACAAUGUAUCCACUGCUCAAGCGAGAACAGCUCAGCAUCCCAUACUUCGUCAUCACCCUUCUGUGGGCUUACUUGCUAGGCUUAUUUCCCACGUCAAUGGAGACGUAUCGAUCGAGGAAUGCGAAAGAGCCUUCAGUUCAUAUACUUACGGCACUCAUCCACUCCAUCUUUUAUCUGAGCAUGAUAGGCUGGCAUGUCGUUGAAGCAUUCGUACCACCGCCAGCUGGCAAGCCAGACUUAUGGGUCGUGCUCAAUGUGCUUAUCGGUGCCAGCGGAUUUGCUCUGGCUUAUGCAUGGUCAACAGGGAACUUAAUACUACAGGCAUAUAGACUGAGUGGUAAACCUGCCGCAGGAGACUCGAAGAAGACUCAAUAG